AUGGCUACUUCUGUUAUUCUUCGCUACGGUUUACAUAUUGAAAGAAAAAUGAAUUCCGUAGCACUUUUAAAAAAUUGUAUCACCAAAUUAGCGGGCUGCGAGUGUACAAGAGCUCUAUCACUGAGUAGCGUAAAAUUAGCUGAUGAAGUAAAACAACCAGCUCACAUACCCCAUGACACCCACAACUUAAUGACAAGCCCAGAAGCCGAGGAAGUCAGAAUGGCUAACCGUCGUCAGCUGAUAACUAUCGACGAGCCAGACGAUGUUGCAGUUUUGUCGGGAGUCCCAGAAGAGCACAUAAAAACUCGUACGGUUAGAAUCUACAUGCCUGCCAAGAAUGCGAUGCAGUCUGGUACUAACAACAUCAACUACUGGCAGAUUGACUUCGACACCCGAGAACGCUGGGAGAACACUUUGAUGGGCUGGUCGUCAACUGGAGAUCCAAUGUCAAACUUGAAAGUAGAUUUCGCCUCGGUAGAGGAAGCCAUAGACCAUUGUAAAAAAAUGAAGUGGGACUACUUUGUUCAAAAGCCAAAUGUUGAUGAUCCAAAGCCUCGCUCGUACGGCGCCAACUUUUCGUGGGACAAACGUACACGGGUAACUACUAAGUGA